ACCUACCGCAAGGCAAACUAGAAAAACAAAGACACGACGGUUGGUUCAAUAACUUGGCACAUCCGGAUUGGGGUUCUGCAGACAGUCACCUCAUCCGAAGAGCCCCAUCGGCGUAUUCAGAUGGCGUCUACAUGCUAUCGGGCCAGAACAGACCCAGCCCAAGGAAACUUAGCAGGUUAUUCAUGAAAGGGAUUGACGGCUUGGGCUCCAUGAACAACAGAACCGCUCUCCUGGCGUUUUUCGGUCAACUGGUCACUUCCGAAAUUGUCAUGGCCAGUGAGAGCGGAUGCCCGAUAGAGAUGCAUCACAUAGAGAUCGAAAAGUGUGACGAAAUGUACGACAGGGAAUGUAAGGGGGAUAAGUAUAUUCCUUUCCAUAGAGCCAGUUACGACAGAAAGACGGGACAGAGUCCGAACAGUCCUAGAGAGCAGGUCAACAAAGUCUCCAGCUGGAUAGACGGAAGUUUCAUAUAUAGCACAAGUGAGCCAUGGAUAAAUGCUAUGCGAUCAUUCGAAAAUGGCUCGCUGCUCACGGAUUCUACUGGAAAAAUGCCAAUUUGGAACCACAUGAGAGUACCUUUGUUCAAUAAUCCGGUACCGCAUAUGAUGAAGAUGUUGAACACAGAAAGAUUAUUUCUAUUGGGAGAUCCUCGAACAAACCAAAAUCCGGCUCUUCUAACAAUCAGCAUCCUCUUCUUCCGUUGGCACAACGUGGUGGCCGCUAGAAUAAAAAACCACAACCCCGACUGGAGCGACGAAGACGUCUUCCAGAAAGCGCGCCGUAUAGUCAUCGCAACCCUGCAAAAUAUCAUAACCUACGAGUAUAUCCCGGCUUUCCUAGGGGAGAACCUACCGAGCUACAAAGGGUACAAUCCCGACGUGCAUCCAGGAAUAACGCAUGUUUUCCAGACAGCAGCGUUCCGAUUCGGACAUUCUUUGAUUCCUCCCGGAUUGUAUAGGAGAGAUUCCAGGUGUAAUUUCAAAACGACUCCGAUGGGGUACCUCGCCAUAAGGUUGUGUUCGACUUGGUGGGACUCGAAUGAUGUUUUGACUAACAAUUCCAUCGAAGAACUUCUGAUGGGAAUGACUUCCCAACUAGCGGAACGCGAAGACUCCGUACUAUGUUCCGAUGUCAGGGAGAAAUUGUUCGGUCCCAUGGAGUUUUCCAGGAGAGAUCUAGGAGCUCUCAACAUCAUGCGCGGUCGAGACAACGGUCUGCCUGAUUACAACACUGUCAGGUCGCACUACAACCUACCGAAAAUUAAGAACUGGACGGACAUCAAUAAGAAGUUGUUCGAUGCCAAACCCGAACUACUGAGGUUGCUGGUCGGAGCCUAUUCGAAUGACAUCGACAAUGUGGACGUUUACGUGGGGGGUAUGCUGGAGAGCUAUGGGAGACCUGGGGAAUUGUUCACGGAGGUGAUUAAAGAACAGUUUGUCCGGAUACGGGACGCGGAUAGAUUCUGGUUCGAAAACGAAGCCAACGGGAUAUUUUCCAAGCAAGAAAUAGAGGAAAUCCGAAAAAUAACUUUGUGGGAUGUGAUCAUCAACAGCACGUCUAUACCUCCAGAAGCAAUCCAGAAAAGCGUGUUCUAUUGGGGAAAAGGCGAUCCAUGCCCUCAACCAGAACAGCUCAAUAUUUCCCUGAUGGAACCUUGCAAAAUGAUUGGUGGAUACGAUUACUUCGAGGGAAACGAACUAGUGUACAUCUACGCCUGCGUGUUCUUGGGCUUCGUGCCAAUUUUAUGCGCUGGCGCAGGAUACGGCGUGGUCAAGCUACAAAACAGGAGAAGAAGGCGGCUGAAGAUGAAGCAAGACGAACUACGAAAUGGUGACGUGAAAUUGCCAAUGGACACCAUGAUCGUCCAGGAAUGGUUACACGCCAACCACAAGAGAGCCGUGAAAAUAGUAUUCGGUCCCGAUGCGGCAAUCCAUGUCGUCGGACGAAAAGGAGAGAAGUUGAGGACCGUUAACUUGAAGAACUCCGACAGUGUGGUAGUCGAGGAAUCGUUGGACGUUACAGCGAAGAAGAAGCCCAUGCUUUUGAUCCACGUUCACAGGGACCACGACUUGGUCAUAGAAGUGGAUUCGAUCGGAUCGAAAAGGAAAUUUCUGAAUAAAUUGGAGCUGUUUUUGAAUUCGAACAAGAAGAGUCUCAUUUGCACAGAGAUAGUCAGGGAAAUCAUGCUAGCCAAGGCCGAAACUAGACAGCGUCGCGAAAAGAAACUGGAGCACUUCUUCCGGGAAGCUUACGCAUUGACUUUCGGUCUAAGACCUGGCGAACGAAGAAGAUGGUCCGACACUACGGAGGAUGGGGAGGUUGUGACCGUAAUGCGAACUUCUCUUACCAAAAGCGAGUUCGCUAGUGCAUUGGGCAUGAAAUCAGACGCGGUAUUUAUCCAGAAGAUGUUCAACAUCGUCGAUAAGGACGGAGAUGGAAGAAUAUCUUUCCAAGAGUUUUUAGAUACCGUGGUGCUUUUUUCACGGGGAAAAACCGAAGACAAACUGCGCAUUAUCUUUGAUAUGUGCGAUGACGACAGAAAUGGAGUCAUUGACAAGGAGGAACUUUCUGAAAUGUUGCGAUCGCUGGUGGAGAUUGCAAGAACUACGAGCUUGUCCGAUGAUCAUGUUACGGAGUUGAUAGACGGGAUGUUUCAGGAUGCCGGUUUGGAACACAAAGACUUCCUCACUUACAUCGACUUCAAACUGAUGAUGAAAGAAUAUAAAGGAGACUUUGUAGCUAUUGGGUUGGAUUGCAAAGGGGCGAAGCAAAAUUUCUUGGAUACUUCAACGAAUGUAGCUCGAAUGACUAGUUUUCACAUCGAACCUAACGUUGAUGUGGAGAGAAACUUCUUUAGAUUGAAAUGGGAUACCCUCACAACAUUUUUGGAAGAAAACAGACAAAACAUAUUUUAUUUGUUUCUGUUCUAUGUCGUUACAAUACUUUUGUUCGUUGAGAGAUUUAUACAUUAUUCCUUCAUGGCUGAGCACACGGAUCUACGACACAUCAUGGGAGUGGGCAUAGCUAUUACCAGAGGAUCGGCAGCUUCACUCUCAUUCUGUUACAGUAUUUUAUUGUUAACUAUGUCCAGGAAUCUGAUCACCAAGUUGAAGGAAUUUUCGAUACAGCAAUACAUUCCUCUAGACACUCACAUCCAAUUUCAUAAAAUCGCUGCUUGUACAGCCUUGUUCUUUUCAAUUUUCCAUACAGUCGGUCACAUAAUAAAUUUUUAUCACGUUUCUACGCAACCGAUCGAAAAUCUGAGAUGUUUAACAAAUGAGGUGAAAUUUCCGUCUGAUUACAAGCCAGGAAUUACAUUUUGGUUGUUUCAAACCAUUACAGGUAUUACUGGUGUUCUGUUGUUUGUUAUCAUGUGCAUAAUAAUUGUCUUUGCACAUCCAACAAUACGGAAAAAGGCCUACAAGUUCUUCUGGUUCACCCACAGUUUGUAUAUAGUUUUUUACGGAUUGUGUCUGAUCCAUGGUUUGGCUAGACUCACAGGAGCACCUAGAUUUUGGUUAUUUUUCAUUGGUCCAGGUAUCAUCUUCGUUCUUGACAAGGUCGUCAGUUUGAGAACUAGGUACAUCCCGUUAGACGUAAUUGAAACGGAACUGUUGCCCUCAGAUGUGAUCAAAAUCAAGUUCUAUCGUCCGCCAAAUUUGAAAUAUCUAUCCGGGCAGUGGGUUAGACUGGCCUGUACCAAAUUCAAGUGUCACGAAUUCCACUCGUUCACUUUGACUUCUGCCCCUCAUGAAAAUUUCUUGUCUUGUCACAUAAAAGCACAAGGUCCCUGGACGUGGAAAUUGCGUAACUAUUUCGACCCAUGCAACUAUAACCCUGAAGAUCAACCGAAAAUACUUCUAGAAGGGCCUUUUGGAGGCGGGAAUCAGGACUGGUACAAAUUUGAAGUUGCGGUUAUGGUAGGAGGGGGAAUAGGAGUCACUCCAUAUGCUUCUAUUUUGAAUGACUUGGUUUUCGGAACUUCAACAAACAGAUAUUCUGGAGUUGCAUGUAAAAAAGUAUACUUCCUGUGGAUAUGUCCUUCCCACAAACACUUUGAAUGGUUCAUAGAUGUAUUGAGAGACGUGGAAAAGAAAGACGUGACAAACGUUUUAGAAAUUCAUAUAUUCAUAACACAGUUUUUCCACAAAUUUGAUUUAAGAACAACUAUGCUGUAUAUAUGCGAGAACCAUUUCCAAAGACUAUCAAAAACAUCUAUUUUCACGGGAUUAAAAGCAGUUAACCACUUUGGACGGCCUGACAUGACAUCGUUUCUUAAAUUCGUCCAAAAACGUCAUAGCUAUGUGAGCAAAAUUGGAGUUUUCAGUUGUGGGCCUCGACCACUGACAAAGAGCGUCAUGUCAGCCUGUGAUGAAGUGAAUAAAGGACGAAAGUUGCCUUACUUCAUUCACCAUUUCGAGAAUUUUGGGUGAGAAGUGGAUUGAUAACAGUUGGCUGUAUAUAUGUAAACACAAAAACUAUUAGAAUUAUUUAAUAGCCUUUUAUAUCUACACUUAAUAAAUUAUUUUUCCAAUC